CCCGUCGUCCUGCUAUCCGUUGGAGGUGUGCGAUGCUCUCUAGUGGAUGAGAGCCCGUCGCCCUGCUAUCCGUUGGAGGUGUGCGAUGCUCUCUAGUGGAUGAGAGCCCGUCGCCCUGCUAUCCGUUGGAGGUGUGCGAUGCUCUCUAGUGGAUGAGAGCCCGUCGCCCUGCUAUCCGUUGGAGGUGUGCGAUGCUCUCUAGUGGAUGAGAGCCCGUAGCCCUGCUAUCCGUUGGAGGUGUGCGAUGCUCUCUAGUGGAUGAGAGCCCGUAGCCCUGCUAUCCGUUGGAGGUGUGCGAUGCUCUCUAGUGGAUGAGAGCCCGUCGUCCUGCUAUCCGUUGGAGGUGUGCGAUGCUCUCUAGUGGAUGAGAGCCCGUCGCCCUGCUAUCCGUUGGAGGAUGUCUGCGUCGGACUCUGAUUACUCAAUAGACUACCUGGCCAGUGACAGUGAGGAUAAUGACAACGACAGCGGCUUGGGACUGAGCCCCGACGGACACGCAGUCAGGACGGCACCUUCAUCCUCCUUACCUCCACCCUCAUCAUCAUCAUUAAGGGACUCUCCCAGUAACACCGACUGUGGUUCUUCUAAGGACGGGAUCUCGAGGCGAAGCAGGAAUUCCAACCACGAGGACCCCAAUAGGCUGAGCAGUGACACAGGAGAUUUCGGGGACUCUGGCCUCAGUAGGGACGGGGACAGUGAUAAUUCCGACGAUGCUGACCCUCGACUGAGCAGGGACAGAGAUUGUAGUUGUGGUGGCACCCCUCCUCCAGCCACCUACGGAGGGGGCCGCUGCCCCAGUGAGACCCAGGGAUGUAGUCCUACUGGGUACGGUCAGCAGCAGCAGCAGAGACUGUCAUGGAGCCCGACGUCCCCCUCUCAAGCCUGGGAUAGAAACAGUAGACACAGUGGCACUGGGAAGCCCGGGCAGGGCAGGAAGAGGGCACACAGCCAUGGACGGCAUCCUGGAGACCAAGGCUGUAGGAACAGAGACACAGCGGAACCUCUGGAGCCUGAGAAGGAUCAGCUGUUUGCCCAGAAGUGUAUGGAGCUCCAGCGUUACCUCCAUCCCCUGUCUUCCAUCCUGAGAGGCCUGCACUCUGGGAGGUACUCAGAACGUCUUAGCCGUUUCCAGGAGAGCGUUGCUAUGGACCGGAUCCAGAGAAUAAUGGGAGUCCUCCAGAACCCAAACAUGGGUGAGCGCUACGUUAGUGUGAUCCUGAAGAUGGAAACGAUGCUCCAUAGCUGGUUUCCUCAAGUCAGAGCCCGCCCAGACCCAGACCCAGACCCAGACACAGACCCUGACCAGCACAAUGACAGCCAGGAAGAGCACCACACUCCAGCUAAGAGACACAAGCAGUACCAGGCCCCAGCCCAGCCACCACCUCCAGCCUAUCCUCCCGUCGUCUCCCCCCCAGAGGGUGCCCACCACCCAGCCCUGCUAGCCUCCGACGGACCCCUGCCCGGCUCCUUCCCCUACUCCUCUGCCACUCAUCUCAAACGUCUCCACACCGCCCCCAUCUGCUCCUCCAACACAGAGACAGAGACAGAGACAGCCCAGCAAGAGCCACCGGGCCUGGUCAGGCCCUCCCUCGCCUGCUCCCUGGGAUCCAACCGUCCAGCCAACGACCAGGAACAGACCCAAGACGACGCGGUCUCCUCCAGCACUGACCCCCAGGGGAGCACUGUGGACCCCCACCUCCAGACCCACCAUUACAGAGUCAGACCCCGAGCCCACCGACGAGGACCUCCGUUGGGGAAGAUCAGCUCGCCCUGCCUGGAGAGGCUGCUCCAGUCCAAGCAGAGCAUCAUCUCACCCAGAAACAUGGGAGGCCAUAGUCCGGGAGGUGGUGGGGAGAGCAGCCGUUCGUAACAGCUAGACUCAGACAUGGUCCAUGGAGGAGAUAAGGACUGAUCUGGGCACAGAGUUGACCCGGGAGAGACAGAGCUGUAUCUUUCCACAACAGGCUCUCCAAUACAGCAGGGGGCAUUGGUCGGUGUCUGAGCGGGACGCUGUCUCUUUAAGAGCUGUGUGUCAUGUGAUCCAUCAGGUGAUCCAUCAUGUGAUCCAACUACGGUUUCUUUAUCUACAGUAAGACACAGAGACAUGGAGGAGAGGAGACAUAUUAUAGACCUGCAGUAAGACAGGGAGGAGAGGAGACAUAUUAUAGACCUGCAGUAAGACACAGAGACAUGGAGGAGAGGAGACAUAUUAUAGACCUGCAGUAAGACACAGAGACAUGGAGGAGAGGAGACAUAUUAUAGACCUGCAGUAAGACAGGGAGGAGAGGAGACAUAUUAUAGACCUGCAGUAAGACAUGGAGGAGAGGAGACAUAUUAUAGACCUGCAGUAAGACACAGAGACAUGGAGGAGAGGAGACAUAUUAUAGACCUGCAGUAAGACACAGAGACAUGGAGGAGAGGAGACAUAUUAUAGACCUGCAGUAAGACAGGGAGGAGAGGAGACAUAUUAUAGACCUGUAGUAAGACACAGAGACAUGGAGGAGACAUAUUGUAGACCUGCAGUAAGACACAGAGACAUGGAGGAGAGGAGACAUAUUAUAGACCUGCAGUAAGACACAGAGACAUGGAGGAGAGGAGACAUAUUAUAGACCUGCAGUAAGACACAGAGACAUAUUAUAGACCUGCAGUAAGACACAGAGACAUGGAGGAGAGGAGACAUAUUACAGACCUGCAGUAAGACACAGAGACAUGGAGGAGAGGAGACAUAUUAUAGACCUGCAGUAAGACACAGAGACAUAUUAUAGACCUGCAGUAAGACACAGAGACAUAGAGGAGACAUAUUAUAGACCUGCAGUAAGACACUGAGACAUGGAGGAGAGGAGACAUAUUAUAGACCUGCAGUAAGACACAGAGACAUGGAGGAGAGGAGACAUAUUAUAGACCUGCAGUAAGACACAGAGACAGGGAGGAGAGGAGACAUAUUAUAGACCUGCAGUAAGACACAGAGACAUGGAGGAGACAUAUUAUAGACCUGCAGUAAGACACAGAGACAUGGAGGAGAGGAGACAUAUUAUAGACCUGCAGUAAGACACAGAGACAUGGAGGAGAGGAGACAUAUUAGACCUGCAGUAAGACACAGAGACAUGGAGGAUAGGAGACAUAUUAUAGACCUGCAGUAAGACACAGAGACAUGGAGGAGAGGAGACAUAUUAGACCUGCAGUAAGACACAGAGACAUGGAGGAGAGGAGACAUAUUAUAGACCUGCAGUAAGACAGGGAGGAGAGGAGACAUAAUAUAGACCUGCAGUAAGACACAGAGACAUGGAGGAGAGGAGACAUAUUAUAGACCUGCAGUAAGACACAGAGACAGGGAGGAGAGGAGACAUAUUAUAGACCUGCAGUAAGACAGGGAGGAGAGGAGACAUAUUAUAGACCUGCAGUAAGACACUGAGACAUGGAGGAGAGGAGACAUAUUAUAGACCUGCAGUAAGACACAGAGACAUGGAGGAGAGGAGACAUAUUAUAGAUCUGCAGUAAGAUAGGGAGGAGAGGAGACAUAUUAUAGACCUGCAGUAAGACACAGAGACAGGGAGGAGAGGAGACAUAUUAUAGACCUGCAGUAAGACACUGAGACAUGGAGGAGAGGAGACAUAUUAUAGACCUGCAGUAAGACACAGAGACAGGGAGGAGAGGAGACAUAUUAUAGACCUGCAGUAAGACAGGGAGGAGAGGAGACAUAUUAUAGACCUGCAGUAAGACAGGGAGGAGAGGAGACAUAUUAUAGACCUGUAGUAAGACACAGAGACAUGGAGGAGAGGAGACAUAUUAUAGACCUGCAGUAAGACAGGGAGGAGAGGAGACAUAUUAUAGACCUGCAGUAAGACACAGAGACAGGGAGGAGAGGAGACAUAUUAUAGACCUGCAGUAAGACAGGGAGGAGAGGAGACAUAUUAUAGACCUGCAGUAAGACACAGAGACAUGGAGGAGAGGAGACAUAUUAUAGACCUGCAGUAAGACAGGGAGGAGAGGAGACAUAUUAUAGACCUGCAGUAAGACACAGAGACAUGGAGGAGAGGACUAACCUUGGUUUUGUUUGUUAUCUUGAGGACAGACAGAGAGAGAGAGCUGUAAAACAGAAGGGGUCUUGGGUAAAAGGACAGAAACACGUCUCCAUCAGUAUCCUACAUGCAGUAGCCUUGCCCAUCACUUUCAUUUGGUGCAGUUGAGUUGGACUUAUCUGGCCUGAGGGAGUUGAGUUGGACUUAUCUGGCCUGAGGGAGUUGAGUUGGACUUAUCUGGCCUGAGGGAGUUGAGUUGGACUUAUCUGGCCUGAGGGAGUUGAGUUGGACUUAUCUGGCCUGAGGGAGUUGAGUUGGACUUAUCUGGACUGAGGAAGUUGAGUUGGACUUAUCUGGACUGAGGAAGUUGAGUUGGACUUAUCUGGACUGAGGAAGUUGGACUUAUCUGGCCUGAGGAAGUUGGACUUAUCUGACCUGAGGAAGUUGGACUUAUCUGGACUGAGGAAGUUGGACUUAUCUGACCUGAGGAAGUUGGACUUAUCUGGCCUGAGGAAGUUGGACUUAUCUGGCCUGAGGAAGUUGGACUUAUGGAAGUUGGACUUAUCUGGCCUGUGGAAGUUGGACUUAUCUGACCUGAGGAAGUUGGACUUAUCUGGCCUGUGGAAGUUGGACUUAUCUGGCCUGUGGAAGUUGGACUUAUCUGGCCUGUGGAAGUUGGACUUAUCUGG